AUGGCAGCAGUGAACACGUGUAGGGCUCUCGUCACAGGGCCCAAUCGAGGUUUGGGCUUAGAAAUCGUCAAGCAAAUCCUUGAGGCCCCUUGUUCAAAGAUUUUUGCUGGAUGCUGUGACCCAGAUGGGCCAAAUUCUGAGUCAUUAAAUCAAUUGGCCAAAAAGCAUCCAAGUGUUGUCACCAUUGUGCACCUUGAUGUUGCUGAUCCAUGCAGUAUCAAAGAGUCUGCCAAGAAAGUGGGUUCUCUAUUGGGGAAGAACGGCCUGAACCUGCUGGUGAAUAUUGCUGGAGUGUUGCCACAAAAAAACAUGUUUACUGCCACUGUUGAGGACAUGAAGAACACCUUCAACACCAAUAUGAUAGGACCUCUAUUUGUCAUUAGGAAGUACCUGCCUUACCUGCGUAUAGCAGCUAAAGCCAGUGGCAAACCAGGGAUGUCAAGUGAGAAGCCAGCUAUCAUCAACAUCUCCACAGAUGCAGCCUCUAUGAGCAUGGCGCAUGAAAUAAAAGCACCAUUCCCACUCUUCCCUUACAGCAUCAGCAAGGCAGGUCUUAACAUGUUGACCGUGUAUACUGCUAUGGAGGUGAAAUCAGAUGAGAUCCUCUGCAUUUCCCUUCAUCCAGGAUGGGUGAAGACUGACAUGGGGGGAGAGGAGGCAUCUAUUGACACCAGAGAAAGUGUGGAGGGGAUGCUGCGUGUCAUUGUUCUCAACUGAGAACUGGCAAAACAAU